AUGGAGGUGCAGCUGGGGGUCGGGCGCGUCUACCCGCGACCGGCGGGCAGGACCUUCCGCGGGGCUUUUCAGAGCUUCUUCCAGAGCGUCUGCGACGCUUUCCAGCCGCCGGGAGAGGAACCGGGCUCCGGGCAGCCGCCGCCAAGCGCGCCCUGCCCGCCGAGUCCCCGAGCGCCGCCGGACUCCCCCGCCUGCCUGCCGCCCCCGCCGGGCUGCCUGCCGCCCCCCGAGCCCCGCGCCGCCGGCAAGGCGCUGCCGGCCGCCGGCCCCGCCAUGGGCUCGUCCUUCCCCUGCGCCGGAGAGCUGAGGGAGCUGCUGGGCGAGGCGGGUGCGAUCCCGAUGCUGCCGCCGCCCGAGACCGAGCCGGUGGACAAGGAAGAUCCGCUGGGCGACAGCGCCCGGCAGCUGUGCCGCGCCGUGUCCGCCUCCAUGGGGCUGGCUCUGGAGACGCUGGAGACUCCGGCCGAGCAGCUGCCCCGCGAGGACUGCAUGUUCGCCGUGCCCGCCGGGCCGCCCCGCGCCCCGCGCCCGCCUGCCCGCGACCCCUCGCCCGCCUUCGAGGCCGGCCUGGCCGCCGAGCCGCUCGCCGGGCCGGGGCUGCCCCGCGGCUUCGGCCGCGUCAAGCUGGAGAGCGCGGCGGGGCCGGCCACGGGCGGCGGCUGGGGCGGCCCGUGUCGCUUCGGGGCCGAGCUGGUCCCGCCGGGCCCCGCGCCCCCCUGGCCCACCUUCUUCGCCGAGGAGGGGCAGCUCUACGGGCCGUGCCCCGAGCCGCCCGCCGGGCCCGCCGACUGCCCUGCCGAUGCCUGGUACCCUCCGGGCCGGGCGCCUUUCGCCGCCCCCGGCCCCGGCAUCAAGAGCGAGCUGGAGCCCUGGGUCGAGGGCUACGCCGGCGCUUACGGCGACCUCCGGUGAGUACCCGCGUCCCGCAGCCCACCGGCAAGCGCCCCCUGCACUGUGCUUCGCGCCCGCAUCCUGCAUCCCGCCAGUAGCGGCAUCCCGUGCCCGCAUCCCUCAUGCCACCCUCUUUACCCCGCGCCGCCCCCAGCCUCCCCGCCGCCUGCCGCAGGUGCCCCGCGCUCACCGUGGGUCCAACCCGCCGUAUCCUGGCUGUUCCCGCUUCGGUGCGCGUCUCCGCUGCCGAAUCUUCCCUUUUGCCGCGAUGCUCUCAUUUGGGACUGAAUAGGCGAGAUCGUGCCAGGAACACCGCGGUGCACGCCUGGUGUCCCCGCCGUCCUGUGAGGUCGUUGUAUUUAUCUCGUUUCCUCACGCAUCUGUUAUCCCGCUGCUCCUGGCCGCUGGGAGCGGGCGAGAUCGGGACGCUGAGCCCCGAAGCACGGACGGAUGUUGACAUCGAGUUAAAAUCCUCCCAGCAGCUUGUCCCGCCGAGAGCUGCCUGCCGGGAAUGCGCUGUGCAGAGCAGGAAACCCCGAAUGUAGUGGCAGAGAAACAUCACCUGUGCUUCAGGGCUGUUUUAAGUACAGGGAGAAAAUGUGUUUUAAAGUAGAGCUAGAAGAGGUUUUGGGACUGAACCAGGAGAGGGGAGAUUUUUUCGGGAAGUAGGAUUCAAUCAAGAAUAAUUUUUCCUGGUGGAUUAACUUCAGAAAAAGGACAUGAGCCAUUUCUGUAAAAUACCUCUACAGCAUUUAAAGUGGUGGGCACCUGCAUUCUCACCUGUCAGCACAAUAGAAUGUGGCCAAGCUGAUGGAAAUGGGAGGGAGAAAGGGCUGUCCAAGGGAUUUUCCGCUGGCUCAGAGGCAGCCCCAUCCAGGAGUAUGUGAGGCCUCAGCUGGGGUUUGCAUCGUGGGAGUCCUGCAUCCACACACUCGCCCUGUGAUGCUUGGGAUGCUGGGAGCAAAGGCUGAAAUGAACAAUUAGAUUUUACCUCUAAAUUAGCACCAGGCAAGUGCACUGCCUCUGGGCUUGUUUCUGUUUUAAAUGCCCAGAGCUUCCUUUGGGUACUGGGGCAAUUUCCAUUCACACAGUGAUUUACUGGGGGAUUGUACAGAGAUGUCAAGGGCUUGGCAAAAGAAAAAAGAAUAAAAGUAAUGACAGGUCAGAAAGAGUGCAGCUGUGAGCAUCAUCCAGCUGUGAGCUUCGUACGUGGCAGGAGCUGUGCAAGCUCUGGGUGUGUCUCUGGAGCCUGGAGAAAUCUCUGCUGGAAUCAGCACAGAGGGGGCAGGGAGGAAUCAAGUUGGAAAAGUUCAGCAUUGGGGUGCUGGUGAUGGCGGCGCAGGUUUGUUCCGUGCGGCCACUCUGCCUGCGGAGCUGUGCAGUGGGGUCCCACACAGACGGGGAAUGCCGCGAGAGGAGAGCAGGAGUGGGCUCCCGUGGAGGUCUGCAGGCAGUCUUGGAGGCUGGGCUGGGCAGCAGCAGGUACAUUUUGCCCGGGUCUUGCCUUAGAGAUAAGCGACAUCUCCCUCAUUCCUGUGGGAAGUGCUGUGUACUCCUCUUCCUUGCAGCUCUGUUGGAUGUGCUGUGCCUGCUUCCCCUGGCAGACUUCCGUGGGAUCAGCAGGGCUGGAGCUGGCACAGCAGCCUUUACAACACCAGUGUCUUGUCCUUUGAACUCCAAGGCUUGUACAGCACUACCCUGCUGCUGCAAAGGUGUAGUGGAGGGACAUUGUCUCUCUGUGCUCAGAUGUAAUUUCCAAACACCCUAAGGAAAGCGGAACACUCGUCGUGCUCUGGCUCAAGCCACAUGUGUUAAUCGCUGCCAGGUUUGCAUUUUAUCCUAGCAAAGUCUCCAUUAGCUUUGCAGCAUGCUGCUGGCCCAUUCCUGCAGCUUUGCAUUUUCUCCUGGGUCUGUGGGUGCCAGCACAGGAACAGCCUCUGCUGCUCCUGGAGCGGCGGAUCGUGUACCAGCAUCCCAGACAGCAGGGCCUGUGGGAAGAAAGGUUCAUGGGAGCUGAGAGGCUCUGUAGUAAAAUUCCCUGAUGGAAGGAUGACUGGCUUUUGGACCUGCAUCCCUGUGCUGUCUGGUGCCAGGUCUGAUCUCCUGCCCUGCUUGACCUUGCACGUAAAGCUUUGCCCUUGAACCCUCAGAGGAUGCAGCCUCAGUGUUCUGUGAGGACAGUGAGGGGCACUUCUGGGGCUGUACAGGGGCAGAGGGCACCUCAGAGCCCUGUCCCUCGAGGUGCUGCUGGGAGCAGAGGCACACACGGGCCCCCUUGCUUUGGAGAACAAGGAGCAUUUCAAGCUGUGCUGCUCCUAUUUCCUUUCCUCUCUGGAUGGUCCUGCUGUCUGCCAGCAGGAUCAUGGCUCUUCCCUCACAGAUGGAGUUCUCCCAAGCCCAAAUUCUACACUGCUGCAGUUGGGGCCAGGUAUGGGUAGGUAUUUUUUAAGUUAAACACCCUUCAUAUGACACCAAAGCAUGAGCAGUUUUUAAUAUUUGAGGGAGUGUCAGAGUUAGGAGGUGCUGGCACAUCUCAGAAACACUGUGGUUAUUAACACAAUUUGGUUUAAUUUAAAGCUUUUGAUAAAGUGUCCCUGACUGCACCCGUCAGGCUUGCAUGUAAUUAGCAAAUUAAUUGGAUGUUUUGUUACUCUGGACUUGGAGCUGUUUAUCUUUGUGCUCUGGUUGUUGCAUCAUUACUACCAGCAGUAUUUGAGGUGACAAAAUAACCUGUUUCAGGAGCAAGAUGGAGCAUUGUCAGAAUAAAUCCAAGGCUCUGCCAUCAGCAGACAAAUUACAGUGGCGGGCUGGAGGGGGUGGCCUCCAGUUUAGAAUGAAAUGGAGUCAGAGAAGUAGCUGUUACUGAAGCAAUGGAAUCAAAGGGGAGAAAAGGAUUUAAGGGACUUUUGUCUCAGGAAAAUCUGCUGUCCAUGCAGCUUCAGAUGUUUUUAAGUGGAAUUUGCUAUCGCUGCUGUUACCUGGUGCUGAUACUGGUUGGAAUCCUGGUGUUUGCUGGUCACAUCUGCCUUUGGUUCCCUUCCCUAAUCUGGCUGUGGUCAGUUUGGGCCAGCGCCACGUGCUCAUUCAUCACCUGGCUUGAUGGCUCUGUAAUCGUUUCUGCUCUGUAAUUGUGAUAGGCUUACAGAUAAAACCUGCAGUAAUUCCUUCCUACGGAGGGAGGAGAUAAGAAUGGCAAAGAGAUGGAGUGAAGGGCAGCUGUUACACCGAGAGAUGGAAUGAGGCAGGAGGUCGUUCUCAGGGUUGCUCUCACUCCCAGUCUGUGCCCAGCAGCAGCUGCUCUGGCAUCCCAGUCCCAGGAAGGCUCUGGGGACCCCCAGCGCUGCACUGGCAGAGCUCCAAAGCCCUUGGGAAGGGGCUGCUGUUGUCAGUGUGACCUUUCUGCUCUGGCAAUUGGCCAUGGGAUGUAAAUAUUUCUUUGAAGACAAGAGGAGCGUGGCAGAACAUCGUUGGGGCAGCCGGUCCCUUCAGCCCCUACGGACACAUGGACAGGGAGCCUCUGGUGGCCAGGGCAGUUAGGGGUGUGCUAAAGCUUGUUGUCAGUUCCUGAUAAAUGGAGAAGAGAAAAAAUAAAGAAAUUUCUUCCUCGGCACCUCUCACCCCUUCCUUGGUCAGACACAGGAUAUGAUAAUCCAGCUGGAGCUGGAAUAGAGAGCUCAGGGCUUGGCUGAAUGUGAGCUGGCAUGAUAGCAGGCUGUGGCAGGGUGCAUGUCUGCCAUGGCUGGAGCUGAGGUUGUGAAACGAGUGAUAAGCUGGAGCAGCCGAGCGGGCGCUGCGCUGGAGCACGGCUCUGGUGGCUCCUUUUCCUCACUCCUGAGCAUAUAUCAAAUCUCAUAAAAUAGUCUCCUCAUUUUCCUCUCCCUCCUCUGUCUGUCCUUCCUUCUCUUCCCUGCUCUCCUGUGCUCCAGCUCUCCCUUACUGCUGGGAAGAGGAGAUGGAUCACCUGUCAGGGGCUGGGCUGCGGAGGGCAGACAUGUAGGGUGUCCCUGUGGGACCUAACCAGCUGCUCUGAGGGUACACAGCAUCUCUUUGCCUCUUCACUGCUCAAAGGCAGACUUUGCCCCAUGCUCCUUUAGGCUUUCCCAUCCUAUUUUCCAAAUGUCGUGAGCUUUUGAGCUCUUACACUCUCUGGAAGCUGCUUCCACAGUCUUGUGCUUGGUAUCAGCAGUGAGCAUUCCACCCUGGCUCCUCUCAAGUGCUGGCUGCAGUGGAAAACAGGCUUUAUGUGGCACUUGGUAUUGGAAGAAGCAGCAGCUGCCAAUCAGAAAAAUUUGCCAAAGAAACAAUCCCCAGAAAGCUUUCAGAGUGUUGGUGGGUCGGAGUCACACAGGUAUUUUGUGUGUUUUCCCGAGGCUUUUGGGCUGGAAGCUGCACAGGAUCUGCUCAUGGCAGCUCUUCUGCAGCUUUUACAUUCUUCCUGCUGUUUACAGAUUCCCUAUUGCACAGGUCUUUAUUCACUGAACAGAUGAGCACCACUCCCUGCAGCCUGGCAUUACCAUUGGUUUUCCUCCCGGGAGAACUUCAUUCCAGACUGAGAGCCCGUUAACAAUGGGAAGUGCUUUGGUGCUGCUUCUGAGGAUAGAAGAGCGUGUCAAAAUAUUGAUUUGGAACAGGAGAGUAUGUUUUGCAGCCCAGGGGACAGGAGUCAGGAUUCCCUCUGCAGAAAUGGGUUUUUCCCCGGGACAAGAUCCCUGCCAUGGGCGCAGGUACCAGCCCCAGAGGAUGGGCAUCAGUGGGUGCUGGAGUUGGGAUCGUGUCCCGCGGCACAGAGCCCACAGUUCCUGGAAGUCGCUGCCUCUGUCCCGUUUCUCAGAGCGAGGAAGGUGUGGGACAGUCCCGGGAAGAAUGAGAGCAGAAACACUGUAGCGAGGCAGCCAGUGUGAGCGUGUCCAAGGGGCGAUGGCAGCUCCCCCAUCCCUGCACCAGGACCCUCCAAGGCCACGCUGGCUCCAGCAGAGACAAGAGCCCGCUCUGUGUCCGUGCCAGGGGUCACCUCUGGGUCCCCACGGGGGCAGAUUGCGGAUGGGCAGUGGGAGGAACGGGCACAGAGGAAACUGGAGCAGAUCAGAAGUCAGUCUCUGCAUGGCGAGGGGGGCAUGCUCCUGAGCUGGGAGGAAAGUUGGAAACACUGCCAGAAAGACUGCCAUGUAUUGCAAGGAGAAAUCACAAAAUUCCCCAAAAUAUUGGAAAGCUCGCAGUCAUGUUUUGGUGUGAUGAAAACAGUUUCAUUACACGGGGUUAAGAACAAUUUGUAGUAGAGAGCAGUAGCUCAGUUCUUUGUGUUUUUCUGUCAUUCCCAUGAAUUCCACUCUUGGCACAGACCUUCAUUCAUAUUUCAUAAAUUGCUUUUUUGAAGGUGUCUGUCCCAGUUCUUCAUUGCCAGUUGCUGUCUAGACUUGGAGCACUCACUGGAGCCUGCUGCAUUGGUGUUUGCAGUGGAUACUUUGUGCUAGUGAUUGUGGACUAAAAUUACAAAAAAAAGAAAUUGUAUUUAUUUUAUCAUCCUGUGAACAUUUAAAAUUUAUCAAAUGAGUGUUUACUGAAAGAAAACUAUUCAGUGGGAGACUUUCUCUGACUUCUAGUAAAAACUGUUUGUUUCUGAGAGCUGCCCUGGUAGAUCCCAGAGAUCUGUGCAGCUGUGGUUGGCUCUGGAACAUUGAAAAUAUGUAGGAAAAAUGAAGAUUCUUCCUUGCACAGCUCCUCAGCCUCAUUACUUUGUGCAAGUUAAUUUUCUUUUUGGAAGAUUUUCUGCAAAAAGCACGCCUGCACUUGAGAGUGAUGCAAAGCAAGUGCCCCAAAGCCAUCAUGGACAGCCUGGGCCAGCUGGGGAGGGCAGCUUGGUGUCACCAUGUGUGUGUAGUGAUGUGGCACAGGGGGCACAGGCACCUCCUGUUGGGGUUGUCAUUGGGUCAAACAUGGGCAUUGACCAGAGUGAUCUGCUCUCACCUUGGAUGAGCCCAGCUCUGUGCCAUAUUCAUAGGAAGACAGCAAUGGCAACACUUCUUGUGGGGGUAGUGGAUCCUUUCCAGCUCUUUCUUUUCCUCCAGAGAUCCAGCGUGCAGCAUGCACAGGAGGCAGAUGUCCCCUCUCCUGUUGUAGCAGAGCAUAAAUGCCUGGUAAACAUUUAGGAGGCAGAUAGGGUCACAUUACCCCUUAGUGGGUGGCUGUGCAGGCGUGCCCAGUGGUGGCCGUGGCAGUGGCUGGUGGCUCUGCUGUCCACCAUUGCUGCACGCUGUGGGGACCAGAGCCAGCCCUGUUUGUUAACAGUGGUAUGAGGGAGCUCAUUGAAAUGAAAAGGAACUGGCCCAGUUGUCAUGGCAAAGACUUGUGACGGAGGUUCUCCAUCCAUAUUCUCUCGCUGUUACCGCUGCUGCCUGCCUUCCCUGAUGUGCCUGUGCUACUCAUCUGCGUCCAACCUCCCUCAAUCCCCUGCCUGCCCCGGGUGAGGGGCAGAGGGAGGGACGAGCCUCCCUGGGGAGAGAGUCCAGCUCCCCCUGGCCAGGUACCUGCAGUGGGCAGUGCUCGUGGGCACUGCGGCGUGUGCCUGCGCUUUGUUCUGCUUUCAACCCAGCCAUUGCAGCCCCGAUUCUUCUCGCCAGCGUUCUUAGGUGAGAUUCAAAGUAUCCUCUAACAGUAAUAAAAACACUCCCAGUCGUCGGACUUUACUGCUGGAGCGCUCAGGAGCAGCGAUUCAGCCUCCAGGCAGCUGUGGAAAAAGGAAUUGUCGCUUUUCUGCAGGCUGGGGUCUGACAGCAGCCCCUCGGUGAGCGCUGGGGUCCCGGGGGGCCGUGCUGGCUUUGUGCCGGCUGCUGGGGACCGUCCUGCAGCAGCGUGCCGGACUUUGCGCCCCAUCCACUGGCCCGUUCACCUCCGCUGACCCCAGCGUCCCUGUCCGGCCCCGGGACGGUGUUUGCAGGAGCGGGGUUACGGGAGUGCAGCAUCGCGCCUCGGCACCGCGCAGGAGCCGCCGCUCCCCGGGGACCCGAGCGGGACGGGGAUGGCACGGCAGGCUCGGUUUGCCUCGGGUCAGCUUGGCUCGGCUGCUCUGAUGGAGCUGCUCGCUCCCCGCUCGGCGCAGUCUGAACCCGGGCCAGAACGAGCAAGGUCACCCGCUGCGCCCUGGCUCGGAGCUCCCCAGCCCCCCCCGGGGACGCCUCUGCAAAUAGUGACAGCGAAGUCAGGUGCUGACACGUCCUCAGGAGGGGUGGGAUUGGUCUGUAGGGACACGGACCUCAGAUUAAGUGAUUUGCAGUAAUAGAAAUAAUCUUAAAAGUAUAUGCCAGUUCCCCAGGUAUUUAUAGCUUCUGCCCUUUUCCCGGGCCACCCGGCCCCAGGCAGCUCGGGUGUCCACGGGGCUGGAUUACACCCGCGCUUUCCACAGGUGUCCCGGUGGCUUCCCCGUGCCAUCCAAAGAAGAGAGCCCAUCCUAAAAGUAAAAAGUGACUCCUGGGUUGAGCCCCUGUUUCUGCUGAGGGGGCCAGUCUGUCGCGUUGCCUGGCUGGGGCUGGGUGGACCAUGCUGAGCACCUCGUGACAGGCAAGGCAGCUGUCACGUCCCAAACAACUCUAGGGGCAAAAGAGAUGGCUUAAAUCAGGAUAGGAGAGUCAGUGCAGAACCACCAAUGCUGGGACACUGGCAGUGCUGGCCCAGGACACCCUUGGUGUGGGGAGGGAGUGCUGUGAGCAGCCUUAGCCAAGGCAAGCAGCCAGACACAGGCACAUUUACCAUUUGGUGUGUCUCCCCUGAGAUCUGGGUGCUCCUAGGACAUAUUUGGGGUGUGCCUGGGCUGGCAGAGCCCUGCUCAGGCUGUGCAGAGCAGGAGAGCUGUUUGAGAGCUCCACACAGAGCUCCAGCCACCCCUCAUGCACUGGGCAUGGCAGCAGUCAUGAGGAUUAACCUUUCAUGUCUGUAGCCAGGUGUCUGUGACAGGCACUGCUGGGGGGAUGUCCUGGCUGCUGGCUGCCUGAUCCAGCACUUGCUGGAGCCUGGGGAGUCUGGUCAUAGACUCAGGGAAUGGGGACAUCUCCCACCAGACCAUGUUGCUCCGAGCCGUGUCCUGCCUGGCUCUGUCACCUAAGGAUGGGUGCUGCAUUCUGGUGGGUGACCUCUCCCUCUGCACCAAUAUGCUCCAGCAGGGACUAGGCAUGGGCUGGCUGUAGCCAGCGGCUUUGGGAAGAAUCUCAGGGCAAUUCCUUCUGUGUCACAGCAGCAUCCUCACCUUCCAGACCGCCAUCCCACUGAGUGCUUCUGGAAUUGCUGCCAGAAGGAGCAAUCCCUACAAAUGCCGGAGGGGAGGCUUCAGAUCUCCAGCAUACAUUUUACAGAGGAUGUGCUCAGUCUCUGGGAUGAGGUGGGAAAACCCUGGGGUUUGCUUCCUCCCCCAUGUGCUCUCUGUGCCUGGGGAUGGAUGGAGGGGGCUUCUUGUCUCUCCGAAAAUGACACGACACUUUUGUCUCUGGUGUUUUUACCAGCCUUCAGCAUUUUGGCUGCUGUUACAGAUUUUAGCUGUGUUUGCUUCUUUGCUGGUUAGAAAUGGCAGAAAAAACCGCUUUGACCUUGGCCUGUGUGCUGAGAACAGAGCCCAGGCACAAGUUUCUGUAUCGCAAAUUUCCUCGUGAAGGCUCCUGCCUCCUCCCCCUCGCUCGGAUCAGCAGAGCAGCGCCUGCACAUCUCCCGACCUGCCUUUGGGAGGGCUGGGACGGGAUAUCUCGGCAGCUCCACUUUCCUCUUGAAAGAGAAAUACGAGGAAGGGAUUCUUGUGCUGAUUGGGUUGAUGGCUUUCAUCUGGGAAGCAAUGGGGUGCGUCAGCUGGGAAAUGAAAUCCCCCUGCCAAAGAGAGCUCGGAUGAUUUAGUGUUUCUAUUGAAUCGUGUGUGUGCCUGUGCACAUCGUGGAUGUUUGUCAUCUUCCAAUGAACACUGCACACAGAUGAUGUGUGUGUUCUCUGCGGUAUGAGGAACAUCCCCACCCCUCACCCUGGGGCCUGAGUGCAGCGUUCCCUCUGCGCACAUGUCCCUGGGAGGGCAGGCACUGUGCCAUGUGCUGCCCGAGGGAAGGAGAGGUGGCUGGA